CUCCUUCCUCCCCAGCGCCCGCCGCCUCCUCUCCCGCACCCUAGCCCCCCACCCAGGGCGAGGCGGGGACCGGGGAGCGCCCAAACUUUCCCAUGGAGUUUCUGCGGGCGCUCUGGCUGUGCGUGGGGGUGGCGGGCAGCCUCCUGCCGGCGCCCGGCCAGGGGCACCCCCAGCCCUGCGACAUCCUCGCCAGGGUCGGGCACACGGUGCGCCUGGGCGCGCUGCUGCCCCCGGGGGGCGCGCAGAGCCGGGUGCGCAGCGCCCUGGCCAGGGCGAGCCGGGCCAGCCGGUUCCCCUACAACCUGAGCUUGGAGAUCGUGCCGGGGGCUCCCCGGGAGCGGGACCCGGCCUCGCUGGCUCGCUGGCUGUGCCAGGCGCUGCUGGUGCAAAGGGUGGCGGCCGUGCUGGCCUUCCCCGGGUCCCGGGAGGAGCUGCUCCAGAUGGAGUUCCUCUCCGCCGCCCUGGAGAUCCCCUUCCUCAGCGUCCUGGAGCCGGAGCAGCGGAUGCCCUUCAGCACCCAGAAUCCCUUCCACCUGCACAUGGACCGGAAGAGCCCCAUGGAGACCCUGGUGGACGUGCUUGGCAGCAUCCUGCAGACCAACAACUGGCACGAGAUCACCCUGGUGCUGUGCCACACCUGGGACGUCUCUGGCUUCCUGGAUUUCUGGACCAGCAGCACCGACCUCUUCCUGAGGACCAUCCUGGACCUGAGCUACCUGGAUGAGCCAGGUGCCACCAGCUACCUCCGCCAACACUUAGAGGAGCUCGAGGAGCUGGCCGGCCCAGUGCUGCUCUUUGGCUGUGACGCCCGCCUCUCACGGCUGGUGUUCAGGGCAGCCUCGGAAUCCGGCCUGAGGCUGCAGGACUUUCACUGGAUGCUGGGGCAGCCGUUGAAUGUGGACGAGCUGCAGACAGAGGGGCUGCCCCUGGGCCUCCUGGCUUAUGGGGAGGUCAACAGCCCCACGUUGGAGCAAUUCACCCAGGACGCGGUGGAGUUGGUAACCCGGGCCAUCUCCAGCGCCAUGUACGUUCGGCCCGACCUCACCCUCAUCCAGAGCAUGGUGAACUGCAAUGACAAGCACGCGGAAGGCUCGGAGUCCUCUGGGCACCACCUCUCCAGGUUCCUGGCCAACACAUCGUUCCACGGGCGGACGGGGCGGGUGUCCGUGAGGAACACGUCGCUGGUGCACACCGAGCACGGCUACCGGAUCUGGAGCCUGCUGCGUGACUCCCUGGGGGCGCCCACCUGGGUGACGGUGGGCAGCUGGCAGGACGGCAAGCUGGAGGUGGAGGAAGGGUUCUGGCAGAACCAGCUGCCGCGCAAGAGCCCGGAAGGCAGGGGUGGCUUCUUGCCUGUGAGGCUGCGGGUGGUGACGCUGGUGGAACACCCGUUUGUCUUCACGCGGGAGGUGGACGAGGAUGGGAGCUGCCCAGCCGGGCAGCUGUGCCUGGACGCCCACACCAACGACUCGGCCGUGCUGGAGGCCCUCUUCGAGGCGCUCACCGCCAAGAACGGCUCGGUGCCCCUGGCAUACAAGAAGUGCUGCUACGGCUACUGCAUCGACCUGCUGGAGAAGUUGGCCGAGGACCUGCCCUUCGACUUCGACCUCUACAUCGUCGGGGACGGCAAGUACGGGGCCUGGAAGAACGGGCAGUGGACGGGGCUGGUGGGGGACCUGCUCAGCGGCACGGCCCACAUGGCCGUCACCUCCUUCAGCAUCAACUCGGCCAGGAGCAAGGUCAUCGACUUCACCAGCCCCUUCUUCUCCACCAGCCUGGGCAUCCUGGUGAGGACCAAGGACACGGCCUCACCCAUCGGCGCCUUCAUGUGGCCCCUGCACUGGACCAUGUGGGUGGGGAUCUUCGUGGCCCUGCACCUGACGGCGCUCUUCUUGACCCUCUAUGAGUGGAAGAGCCCCUACGGCAUGACCCCAAACGGGCGCAACCGCAUGAAGAUCUUCUCCUACUCCUCGGCCCUCAACCUCUGCUACGCCAUCCUCUUCGGACGCACCGUCUCCAGCAAGACGCCGAAGUGCUACACCGGCCGCUUCCUCAUGAACCUCUGGGCCAUCUUCUGCCUCCUGGUGCUCUCCAGCUACACGGCCAACCUGGCCGCCGUCAUGGUGGGGGAGAAGACCUUCGAGGAGCUCUCGGGGAUCCACGACCCCAAGCUGCACCACCCCUCGCAGGGCUUCCGCUUCGGCACGGUGUGGGAGAGCAGCGCCGAGGAGUACAUCAAGAAGAGCUUCCCCGAAAUGCACGAGUACACGCGCCACAGCGUCCCCACCACCCCCGCCGGGGUCACCAAGCUCAAGACCGAGCCCCCCAAGCUCAACGCAUUCAUCAUGGACAAGUCCCUUCUGGAUUACGAGGUCACCAUCGACUCGGACUGCAAGCUCCUCACCGUGGGGAAGCCGUUUGCUAUUGAAGGCUAUGGAAUCGGGCUCCCCCAGAAUUCGCCCCUGACCUCCAACCUCUCCGAGUUCAUCAGCCGCUACAAGUCGGCCGGCUUCAUGGACCUGCUGCAUGACAAGUGGUACAAGAUGGUGCCCUGCGGCAAGCGGGUCUUAGGUGUCACCGAGACACUGCAGAUGGGCAUCUAUCACUUCUCUGGCCUCUUUCUGCUGCUGUGCAUCGGGCUCUGUGGCUCCUUGCUCACCUCUCUGUGCGAGCAUGUCUUCUACCGCCUCAUCCUGCCCUGCAUCAAGAGGAAGAAGAAAUUCAACUACUGGCUACACACCAGCCAGAAAAUCCACCGGGCACUGAAUAUGGGCUUCGAGGAGCAGAAAAACCAAAAGCUGAGACUCGAGAAAAGGUGCAACAUUCAGAAGAGCCAAGAGGCACCAGCCCCAAAUUCCAGCCAGCCAAGCUGGAAUAACCUCAGGAAAGCUGCUGGGAAAGAGGACAAGCGGGUGCAUUUUAACAUGGAGCAGAUGCCCUCUGAGCCAGCGCAGGAGAGGGAGGUGCCCGUGUGGCACUGCAUGAAUGGCAGGGUGCCCCAGCCAGAGGAGUGGGACACCAGAGAGAAGGAGCUCAGGGAGCUGGAGGAACGGAUCCAGGCAAUCAGGGAUCAGCUGAGAGCUGCCCUGGUGCGGAAGAGCGAGCUGGUGGUGGCAUUGGGGCCCACCAAGAACAUCAGCAUGCUGCCUGUUAAGCCCAUGGCAGAGAACAAGGACAGGUAAUGGGACACGGGCCAUUCAGGUUCCUUUUACAUCUUAUAUCAAACCAGAGCCUGGAGAGCAAGUGCAGAGGCUCCUGGUUGUGGAAGCAGUGAAGCUGCAUAGAUCACAACUGGGAACACUCCCAACUCAUUCACCACUUUGUUUGAAAUUAAUUUCUUCAUAUCACAGCUAGGACCCAAUUCCCACCCUGCUGCUGUCCUUUGUUAAUGGCAAGCUUAGAGAUUUCCACAUGAUCAGCUUACUGUAGAGGCAUGGUAGAACCCUCCAUCAAGCUCCUGACAGCUAUGGAAAGGAGGAUCUCACUUAAAAAUAUUUUCAGUUACAUAUCCAUUACUGCAGGUGUGAGGACAGCAGGACUGGCUUUUCCUCAAGGAGGAAGUUCUAGGUUUAGUUCUUUCCCCACUGCCUCAGAACAAGGAAUCCUUCCCUAUUUAAAACAGUUGUUUGGGGAAACUCGAUAGAAUCCAAUGAGGAACUAAGAACUGGUGACUUGGGCUAGGAAAGUUUGUGUCCAGUUUCAGAUCCCUUCUCUCUCCGGGGUGGGUGUGCGGCAUGGAAUAGAGACGUACUCAAACUUUCCCCUACAACAUCUGAGGGGGGCAGUUGUCCAGAAAAUACUGUGAUAUGGGUAAUGCAAAUUCUAAUAGUGUUUCCUUUCACUAGCAGCAUCUGUAACAUUGAUUGUAAAUAAAAUGUACAAAGUUCAAGAUUUUAACUAGAAUAAAAAGCAAAGCAGACUUCUCCUCCCUCCCACCCACCCCUUUCAGAUCCCACAGGUGGUGGUGAAAAUGCAGAUUGACUCAGGAAUCUGCUCACUAGCUCCUCCAGCCCCCAAGCUUGUCCAUCUCCCUCACGCGCAUGAGUUUCUCUCCCCAUCUUUCCUUCACUCUGAGCUGUUUUUUGGAUGCAACGGCCAGCCUGGGAUUAGGAUUUUAUUUACUGAAUUAAGAUUAGAUUUAGCCAGGAUCCUCCCCCAAGGCAUAAAAUUGCAGAAUUUAAAUGGACAGAGCUACCGGGAAUUUAAUCACAAAACUGUAUUUUUGAGUAAAGCUGAGGGUGUGGGAAAUCUCCUUCCACCUUCAGCCCAGCAGCAAGAGUUUUAUGCAGAGGGAAACUUCUCUUCUGUCACUGCAGGACUCCCCAUUUUUCAUGCUUGCUCAUUGCUGGCGAGGUUCUGGUUAACACAAUCCCUUCGUUUCAGGCACAGGAAAGUCCCAGCUUGUCUCAUCUCUGAUGUGAUGGAAGAUCAGAGAUGUAGGUAUGAGAAUGUAGCAGUCCAUACACAUAAGAGGGUGACUGACCAUGAGCCCUGCAGCAUUAAAAGUCCAAAAGGUGCUGUCAAGCUGUUUUUAAAGGGAGGUCAGUAAAUCUGAGAGAUGGAAACCCAGGGGGUUCAGGCCCAGGCCCUCAAAAAUAUUUAGGCUCCCAAGUCCUCAACAUAGUUUGGAGAGCUAGCUACAGAAGUGCAGCAGCAUCUUCUCCAUAUGGCUGUGCAAUGUGCCUCAAGCCAAAGGCUGGCUGCUCUUCUGUUCC